AUGUCUACCAGACCAUGGACAAUCAAAAGCAAAUAUCUGCUAAACAAAACCGAUAUAAAAACAGGCAAAGCGAUAAGAAAAAAUAAUUUUCACGACUACAACUUCGACGACUGGGAAGAGACAACGCCAUUAUUCUACUUCGAUGAUAUAGUCGACACAAUGAAUAAAACUACAGUAAGUUCUACACCAAUUCAGGAAACUGAAAGUCUUGUAACAGAUAUAACGACUGAGGGAGCGAUAAAUUCAGAUGAUACAACAACAGUUGUUGAUGAAGAAGCGAAUAGCCCAGAAACAGUUGCACCUUCAAACGCAACCGUUAACGAUGUGUUAGAACACUAUUUGACUACAACGGAAGCGGACAUUUGGACUACGGACAUUCAUGUUAUUAACAAUACAAUAUCUACAAUGGAAACACAACCAACAGUCGACCCGUUACUUUUACAAGUGAAGGCUGUGAUGGAAGUUCACAAAUUUGGUUACUUCACCUCGUUAUUGAUAGUUUUUAUGGGGAUGAUAGGUUCUAUGGACGAGAAACCUAUGGAACCAUUGAAGGAUGCAUUUUAUAAGGAAAUGCAGGGUGCACAAUCGAGGGGUCGCCUUAAUAUGUUUGGUCCUUUGGCAGAGGCUGUUUUAUUAGAUAUUGCAGAAAUGAUCGCACAACUACCCGCUGAUCAAAUAAAAAGUCAAGCAGCAGCCUACCACGUCCAAUACGUAAACAGACGAACAAUAUUCUCCCCUCAAACGAACGCAAUUUUCGAUGUAUUGGAUAGUGCCUUCGAAACUGGCGAUGCUAUGAGUGUUUUAUCCUGUUUUGCUGAUAUUCAAGCAUUUCCCAAAGUAACUAAAAAGGCUGAACACAUUUCUAGAGAUUUGAUAGAACAUGCGUUAUACAUCCCCUACAGUAGAAUCAGAGGAACGGAGAAGGAUAAAACAUUGAUGUUGGAAUUGGAGAAUGCUAUUAAGAAUCGGAUGACUGGAUCUGUGAGGAGACAUCAGGCUAAAAAAACUAAUCAUAAGCAAUCUAAGCUACGUAGUGGUAAGCCAUCCGAUAGACUACAGAGAAACAAAACUAAAAUCAAUAAAACCAAGAAAAUUAGUAGCAAAGAACAAGGCAGACAAAGACCAAACGGCAAAAAAGGAAUUUCGAAAAAUGAUAAAAAUAUUCGCCUUGUUUACUACUUAUUUGGCGAUCUUGGAUUCGACACCACAAAGUCAACGUCGACUACUGAUUUGGACUAUCUUCGAAAUAAAACAAUAAUGGCAGAAUUAAAGGAGAGGAUGAAAUUGUAUAAGAAGAAAUUUAGGAUAAUAAGAAAGAAAGAGAAUCAAACAGGCAUACAGCGUGGUAAAACAACGACGACAACCACAACAACAAGGAAGCCGAAGAUGCGCAAGAGCAAAUACUACAUCCGAAAAUACGUUAAAAAGAAUUUAUAUAAAAUGAAAACCACCACACCGUCAACCACUACUAAAAGUAGAUGGUUCAGAAAGUGGUAUCAAGAGAACUCAACUGAGUCCGGUUCUUCAUAUGAAAUUGAAAGUAGUAUAAAAUCAUCAAUAUACAUAGAUAAUCGGAAUGUAUAUAAUAAAAGAACCUCUUCAUAUACACCAAAAAGAGAAUGGACUACGCGAGAAAAUCAAUAUACAACAGUGAAAUCUAAAAUAGUUGAUUUAAAAUUAAAGAAAAAAGGUUUUUGGAAAAUAACAGAGAACUCAGAUUAUUCCAGUUACGAAGACGAUUUAAAAGCAAAUGUCCGCGAUGCUAUUUUCCAUGGAAGGGAGCAUGAUCUUAGUCUUUUCAAAGAUAAACGAAGAUACGAUAAAGUAAAAUCAUUUCAAAGUUAUAGCAAUGAAGAACCCAUUAUAAAAGCGAAUGUAUAUAAAGCGUUUGGAUAUGGAAACAAUUUUGCUGACAGAUUAAAAAAUUUAAAUAAGUGAAGUAAUCAUUGUUUUACUAAUAAAAUAAAAGUAAU